GUUGGAGAUGUGUGAGCGCAGUCUCUACAGAGCGGGCUACGUGGGCUCGUUUCUCAAUCUGCAGUCGCCAGACUCUUUCUACUUCUCCAACCUACGGCCGAAUGGCGGCCAGUUGGCCGCACUUCCCCCUAUCUCCUACCCACGCGGCGCGCUGCCCUGGGCCGCCACGCCCGCCUCCUGCGCCCCCGCGCAGCCUGCGGGCUCCACUGCCUUCGGCGGCUUUUCGCAACCCUACUUGGCCGGCUCCGGGCCUCUCGGCCUGCAGCCCCCAACAGCCAAGGACGGACCUGAAGAGCAGGCCAAAUUCUAUGCACCCGAAGAGGCCGCUGGGCCAGAGGAGCGCGGCCGUACCCGGCCGUCCUUCGCCCCCGAUUCUAGCCUGGCCCCUGCAGUGGCUGCUCUCAAAGCGGCCAAGUAUGACUACCCAGGUGUUGGUCGUGCCGCGCCGGGUUCCGCGACCCUGCUCCAAGGGGCUCCCUGCGCUCCCGGCUUCAAGGACGACACCAAGGGCCCGCUCAACUUGAACAUGACAGUGCAGGCGGCGGGCGUUGCCUCUUGCCUGCGACCUUCACUGCCCGACGGCCUGCCGUGGGGGGCGGCCCCGGGGAGGGCCCGCAAGAAGCGGAAACCCUACACGAAGCAGCAGAUUGCGGAGUUGGAGAGCGAAUUCCUCGUCAACGAAUUCAUCAACCGUCAGAAGCGCAAGGAAUUGUCCAACAGGCUGAACCUCAGCGACCAGCAGGUCAAAAUCUGGUUUCAGAACCGGCGUAUGAAGAAGAAGCGCGUGGUGCUGCGGGAGCAGGCGCUGGCGCUCUACUAGCCGCGCGCGUGGCCAGGGCUGGGCCUGCCCUUUUGGACAGAGGCCUGGUGUGGGGAGGAGGAACUGGGGCUAAGGCUUUUCCUUCGGUUCCUUCUCCGCCGGUCCCGAAGCCACGAAGAGAUUUAGACACCAGGCCAGCUAGGCCUCCUUGCUUUCCUCCGUCCCUGAGAAGCCUGGGAGAAAGUGAGGAAGUUCCAAUGCAACGCUGGCCUUAAGGCUUCCACGUGUGGGGUCUGAGGCCACCUCUCCCUGCUCCAGGCUGGGGCAUUUGCACCCACGGCUCAUUCUUGCUCCCUGGUACCUGGAUUUUUCUGUUUCCGUCCAAUUCGUUCUCUUUCCCCCUCUCUCCAGCCCCUUCAGCAUUUAGCAGUCGCCUAGAUAGGGCUCAGAGGGAAGGCCUCCUGAGGGAAUGGAAAGGACUGUGGGUACAAUUAGGUCUCUGCAGCAGAAGCCCUUUGUGUCAAGGCCAAGAUCUUCACUCUGAAAAAAGGAAAAGGCACCAUACAACGGAUACCUUCCUGUCUGCCCUGGCUGAUUUGAGAGGACAAAAGCCACACUAGACCUUCAGACUUUGGGAGGAAAAAAGAGAGAAGGGGAGGAGCUGGGUGGUGGGGCAAACUUGGAGAUAUCUCAAAAUGCGAAAUGCGAGGUAGGCUGGCCCCUCCAGCUGGGUGGAAUAGGGUGGAGCUUUCCUUCCCUGAGAUGGGAUGAAAGAGACCGAGGCUCCAGACAAAGUGCAAUCUCCAGACAAGACUGGCAAACAUUGCUAUACUCCCACCUCCUCAUACAAGCCUAGGCCAGGCGCAUGAACCCUGUAACUGGAUCCCCAGAGCCUAGCUCUGGUGAAAGGAGCUGCUGGUCUGCUUUGAAGCUGUGGCACAGGGAGGAGGGAAAGAUAUCCUGGGGAGGAGAAGGGAGUGAGCAAGAGGAGGAGGGUGCUACACUCCAGCUAUAAAUAUGGCUUUCCAGGUGAGGUGAGUAAAGGUAUCGACACAUCUGUCUUUCUUGAUUAACCUUAAUGGACCCCCACAAGGACAGGCAAAAGAUCCUUCUCAAGGGUCAUGGGGUGGGACAGGAGAUCUCUUAGAUUCUCAGCUCCUGCUAGCUGCUCUUGACAGAGCAAAGAGGACCAGAAGUUCCUCUCACCGUCUCCACCAUCCGCCAAAUCUACCAGUGGCCCAGCUACUGUGCCCCUUCUGAAGCAUGUCUGGCUUGUCCCAGUGGCGACUUUGAGGCCCUGGGCCCUGCCAGGCUUGCCUCAUGGAGGCAGGAGUUCCCAAAUGCAAGGUAGAAUUGUUCUGGGUGUGCUGGAGUGUCCAGCCUUAAUCUCAGUGAACCCAAGCCUCCCCCUGCUAGCUUAUUCUACUAUCCCUGCCUCUUCUGCCUCUCCUUCAGACAUGCAGCACCCUCCUCCACAACUCCUGGCAUGAUGUACAACAGCCCAAGGAUUCAGGAUUCCUUCCCAAAAUCCAAUGAUUUCUUUUCAGUGGAGGACCUGGCCCUAAACCUGGCGUGGGCACCUCACAGAGAGCCUGGAGCCUUAGCUCGGCUGACUUCAGUUGAUGUCUAGACUAAUUUCAUUUUCUAGGCUAUCUAAUUGUUAUCAUGUAUGUUUUGCUUUGAUUUUGUUAAAAACAAUAGCUUGUAUAUAUCAGACACAAUAUAUACAAAUGUUUUGAGUGAAAAUAAAUAUCGAGGUCUGAGCCAA